AUGUCUUAUGAAGAAAAUGAACGUCGGCUACAAGAAAUAUUAAAAAACUGCUCAAGUGCCAGCUCCUGUGAUUCCGAGAGCGAAGAAGAAAUUGAUAACGUUUCUCAGAGAAGUGAAGAAAGUGAUUCCGAUACAAGAGGUAGAGCAGCCCACAAGGGUAAACUUACCCAAUUUACCAAUUUUAUCGACAACUUGUCAACACCACUCAUUGUAGAUGGUGUUAUAAACCUUGAAUUACGUAUCGAAAAUAUAAUAGCAACUUAUGAUAAGUUUGAUUCAAUUCAAAACGAAUUAGAAAGCCUGUCCGAGGACACCGAUAGUCAAAUCCUCGAACGUGCCAAAUUCGAGGAACCUUACUUCGAGAGCCUAGCCAGAGCCAAAGGGCUGGUUAAGGCCUUUAGUAACGAACAUAUUACACCUGAAGCCAAACCAUCUCAUAAUGCAGCACGGUCGUCAGCCGAGUUGUCGGUGGCAGCCGCAGCGGCCGCAGCGAUCGAGGAGCAGUUCUACGCUGAUGAAUUACUUCUCUCAGGUGACGAUGAGCACAGGAUCGCGCAGGUCGCCCUGGAGGUAGACAGAGUCCUGCGCACAGCUAACUUUCAUCUACGACGUGGCGUUUUUGAACUCAAGAAUGAUGAAGUCCUACAGAUUUUGAUGGGUGACAAUAGUGACGAAGAAGACGAUUUACAACUGGACGAAGAAGACCAAAGGAUUUUGACCCAGGAUGAUGAUCAAGGGAUCUCUGACAUUGAAACUGAAGAUACUCCAGCUCCACUUCAGGAAUCAGUAAGUCUGCCACCUGAGCCAACAACGUCUACAGCUGUUUUACCAGUCACCGGAGCACACAGUAAUCAAGAACCACUUUUCAAGUGGAACCAGAGGACAUACGUGCCAAAUACUUUUUGUGAUGUGGAAUAUGAGUUCGGAAAGUGUCAAGAAGUUGAUGCUGAUGUAUUGUCUCCCUUUGACAUAUUUUGUUCAACUACAAAUUUUUAUAUUUUAGUUCAAAAUAUAGUACAGGAGUCAAUACGAUUAGAAGAGGCUAUGCAGGAAAUAUCGUCCCUUAAAAAUGAAAAUACUAAGCUUCGCGAAAAUCAAAUAAAAAUAAAUUCCAGAUUGACUAUUACGGAAAAAGAAACAAGAGUAAAUAAUUUAGAAUUUCAUUGCAUACCAGAAAACCGUGGUAAAAACUUAGUCAACACUUUACAACAAAUAGGAAAAACUAUAGGUAGCUAUGUAGAAAAUGGUUAUAUAGUUAAAUGCACCCGGAUCGCGAAGUGGAAUAAGGAGAACAACAGUUCAUGGACGACUGUUUUGGCGAAGUUUGCAACACCCCUAUUGAGAGAUAAAUUCUUUGCUAAUGUAAUAAAUUACAAUAAAACCCAUCCGUCUGAUAAACUGAACUCUUCACAUUUGGGAAUAGCAGGUCAAAAAAUGCCUGUCUUCGUGUGUGAACAUCUUACCCCGGAAGCCAAGGCAUUACACGCAGCUGCUCGUCGAUUUGCCAAAGAGAAAUCGUAUCAAUUCGUCUGGUCGCGAAAUGGUAACAUCUACUUAAGAAAAGCGCCGUAA